AUGUAUGCGGAAUGGCGGAAGGACCCUGCUGCUUCGGUUGAUGUCUCAUGGAAACAUUACUUCGAGACAAUAGAAGCCGGGAAGCAACCACCUGGAUAUUUAGUCCAGCCUCCCAAGUAUGUACCAUUCCAAUGGGGUCCAGGGUCCUCACCAAUGCUUCCGGACCUGAAUGUUUAUGCGAAAACCCCGUGCAUUCCGUCAACAGCAGAUGACGAUCAAGCCAGAAUACAGCGGCUUGUUUGA